CCAAGGUUUGUUCUUCCCCCCUCCCUCGCUCCAAUCUUCUUCUUCUCUGGAUUUACCCUUCCGGUUCCUGAUGAAUUGAGCAAACCCUGCUCUCCGACCCAACCCCCCGCCGCCCUUUUGGUGCCCAAAGCUACUGCCGCCUGGGUUGAUCGAGAGUUGGAUUGCGUCUGGUGGUGGUGGUGGUGGUAUAUAGAUCUAGGAUCCAUAGGACUGCAAUCUUCUGUGAUGAGCAGGCUUGGGGAUUUUGGGCGAGGCGGACGGAUUGGUCUUCGUGAGGAGCUCAAAGCGGGAUCUUUCUCCAGAUAGGUUGGUCGUCGUCGUGAUUUGUUGCAGGCGGUCCAGUAUCCCUCCAUGGAUGUCCCUGAAUCCUAUCCGACAGAGACCGAAUUCUCCACCGUGGGUAUGGAAACGGAUCGUGUCCCGUCCUACAAAUCUUCUGCUGCUUCUGGUGCUAAGGCAGGCAUUUCUUCCACCGGUAGUGUGCAUGAGCUUCUUGAAUGCCCAGUUUGCACCAAUUCUAUGUACCCUCCCAUACACCAGUGUCCAAAUGGUCACACUCUUUGUUCGAGCUGCAAACUCAGAGUGCACAACCACUGCCCUACUUGUCGCCAAGAGCUGGGGAACAUCAGAUGCCUGGCUCUCGAGAAGGUUGCAGAGUCACUGGAGCUACCAUGCAGAUACCAGAACUUGGGCUGCUUAGAGAUACAUCCAUAUUACAGCAAGUUGAAGCAUGAGCAACUGUGCAGGUUCAGACCCUACAAUUGCCCCUAUGCAGGCUCAGAAUGCCUGGUCACAGGUGACGUUCCAAUGCUUGUUGCCCAUCUAAAAACUGAUCAUAAGGUGGACAUGCAUGAUGGGUGCACAUUUAACCACCGGUAUGUCAAACCCAAUCCAAAUGAGGUUGAGAACGCGACGUGGAUGCUCACCGUUUUCAGUUGUUAUGGGCAUUACUUCUGCCUUCACUUUGAGGCCUUCCUCCUGGGAAUGGCUCCAGUUUAUAUGGCAUUCUUAAGGUUUCUCGGUGAGGACAGUGAAGCAAGGCACUUCAGCUACAGCUUGGAAGUGGGCGGCAAUGGCCGAAAACUCACAUGGCAAGGAGUGCCGAGGAGCAUAAGAGACAGCCACAGGAAAGUCCGCGACAGCUAUGAUGGGUUGAUCAUCCAUCGUAACAUGGCACUCUUCUUCUCCGGUGGCGACCGACACGAGCUGAAGCUACGCAUCACUGGUCGGAUAUGGAAAGAACAAUGAACAAUGAACUCAGUGAUUUAGAAUGCAUCUUGCAAAUGUAUACGCCAAAGGCUCAUCAAUUCUUGCAACCUUGUAGUGUAACCUAAAACUCUUUAUUCAAAGCAAUGGAAGAAGCAUGCGUGAGAUCCACAACCAUGACCGACCUGGAGUGCCAAUCUUGGUCAGAGUCGAUCUCUCCAUGCUUCUUUCUAUUUGAGAUC